GCCGCGGACCCAGCGGCGCCGAGCGGCGGCGGCGGAGAGCAGCAGGUGCCCGCGGCGGGGGCGGCGCCGCAGCAGACGCUGAAGCUGGACCGACUCCUUCAGGAAGUGGCUGGCGAAGGGCCCGGACGUGCAGAAGGAGGACGCGCAGCUGGCCCACGUGCAGUGCACCGGGCUGCUGGCUUGGCCCGGCCCCCCGGGCCCGCUGGUGCCGCUCCGGCGGGCCGCGGAGCUCCUGGACAGGGGCGCGGAGUGGUGGCUCUUCAAGGGCGUCUGGCUGCUCAGCGCGCUCGUCGUGCUGGUCCCGGCCGGAUCGGCGAUCUCGCCCCCCCGGGGCCGUCCGCGCCGCGGCCUUCGCCGCCCUGCGGCUCCGGGGCGCGCCGCGCUCCAGGCUCUCGGCGUCAGCCCGCUCCGAGGCGUUGGAGGCCCUGGUGGUGGCCUCGCUCCCCGCCGCGCUCGGGCUGGCCGCCUGCGCCCUCGCAGGCUGGCUGGCGGAGGAUGCGGCGGCGCUGUUGGCCAGCCUGGCUGUAGGCGAGGUGUGCGCGCUGUGUUCGCUGCGCGCGGAGGAGUCCAGGUAUAUUUUCCCGCGGGCGCUGAUACUGGUGCACGUCGCCGACGCGUACUACGUGUUCUUUCACCCGUACGGCUUCACGUGGCUCAUGCACAGUACCCUCGUGUGCUUCCAGGCCUUCCUGCUGGUCGUACUGCUUGGGCACUUCGAGGCCACGGUGCAGCUGCCUAAAGAGUGCCCCCACCAGCUGACAGUGGAGGUGCGCCUCUUGCCUCGACACACGCCGCGUCCUGUCCACGCUCAGCAGCAGCCGCACACCAGCUGCAGCAGCAGCCCCUGCAGCCACGGCCUGCGCAGCAGCAUUUCUCGGAGCAGAUGCAGCGCUGGCUGCUGGAGCAGGGCCUCCUGCUGCUCGGCGACGACAGGUCCUACGAGGCGGGCGUGGUGCUCAGCGCCCUCGUGGCGCGCGCCCUGCAGGGCUCCGACGUGCCUCCCCAGGGGGCCGAGCGAGGGGGCAGCCCGCGGGAUGAGGCCGAGGAGGUGGAGCGGUACAGGCUCGCGAGCGAGAGGAUCUCGUCCGUCCCCGGCGGCAGGAUGCCCGGCACCGCCGCCAUGCACUUGCUCGGUGGUGGCCCAGUGGCUCAGAUGUUGGUUUACCACGGCUUCCGCGGCGAGCACCGCUGCGACGAGCUCCUGAGGCACCUCCUGCCGAGGAGAGAUGUACCGCCCGGCGCCCGCGGACUGCGCCGCGGCUGCGGCGGAGCGCCUCGGGAGGAUGGGGCCCGCGCUGCGCGCCGGCGGUGGCCCAGACGGCGAGGCGCUGGGCCACCCGGGCGUCGUGGUCGUGAGCAACGUGCACAUCACGCUGGACAGCUCCGCGGGCGAGCGGCUCGGCGUGAACAUCCACCAGGAGAGCGCGCCUUCCUGGUGAUAGACGCUGUGACACCCACCGGCCUCGUGCACCGGUGGAACUGCCAGGAGGGGUCCAGGUUCGUCAGGGUCGAGGAGGGCGACCGCAUCACGGCGGUCAACGGCAUCCGCGGCAACUCGCACGCGAUGCUGCAGGAGUGCAUGCAGAACAAGGUGCUCGAGAUACUGGUCGAGAAGCGCCGGCCUAUGCAGAUCAACAUAGGGCACCAGCAGAUGCAGCAGGCUCACAGCGCGCCGCGACAGCUGCCUGCAGGGACCGCGCCCCUCGAGGACGACGCCGAGCUCCUCCCGCCCGGCGCCCCCCGCGCGGCCGCGCACGGGUGAGGCGCCCCGCGGGCGGCUCUCCGACGCCCCUUCGGGGCGGACGACAGGGGGGGAUGGAUUGGGAAAGGGGGUCCUCC